AUGACUCAAUCGAGGGCCUUCAGCAGGGCCUGCAUCCUGAUUGUUGGAGCCUCGGCUAUAGAUAACAACUUCGAUCGCGACUCUCCGCCCCACAUCCCCUCGUUCCUCCGCAACUUCUCCAAGGCUUGCACCAGCAGCUACUUCUUCCCUGAUCAACUUAGGCUCCUAAAAAUGACGCAGCCAACUCAAUCGCCCAGCUCAUUCGAACAGCUGCAUGCAUACCCGUUUCACACAGACGCCGAGUUUGCUAAAGGCCUGGCAAUAAUUCUAGGCCAUGCCGAGGUGCCUGCAUCUGCGGAGGAGAUCAGCCGUGAUGAUGACCUUGUCAUACAGGCCAAGUGUUUCUUCUACUCGAGAAAAGAAAACCUCUCGCCUCCCAUUGACUUCACAGCCUACAAAGCCUGGCUCACCGCACUUAAACCACCAGAGGCAUCGGGACUAGAUCCGGCUGGAACAUUGUCACAGCCAUCAGACAAGGCAUAUGCUGACGAGACCGCGAUGGCUUCUAGCACUGAAGCGCCACCCCUUUCAGAGCCGGCAUAUCCUUCCUCAUUUGCGCACAUUGUGGAGCUCAUUACCACAGGACAACCUAUCCCCGGGAUUCAGGAGAUUCCAAACACAGUAUUAACAGGGCAUGAUAUUUCGAGCGAAAAGCCCCGACGACGAAAGCCAUGGGAAAAAGAUGAUGAUGCGGCUCCCACGUUACAAGAAUCAAGCGGCAGCGCUGCUUGA